CGUUAUCAGUACAGAUAAAAUGAAACCGGGAAAUAUUUUGUAUCAACAUGUGAGUUUUGACUUUUGUCUGUUAUAAUUAAAAGUUGUACAUGAAUCUUCCACCCGAGCGAAUGUUAGUAAAAAUAAUCAAAAACACAUAAAAUGGAGACAAGCAGCAAUAUCUAUACCUAUCCAGGAUUUUGUACGAAAUGCGGUUCAAUACUUCCGCCGUUGAGCAUGGAAGAAUUCUUGAAGUGCUAUUCGUGUAAAACAGUUUACGGACCAGAAAUUUACGGAGAUGCUAUAUCCGAGUACGAAAUCGUUUUAAAUUCCAUAGAAGACUUGGACACUGUCGUAAAAACCGAAAACAGAGACGAUGCCGAUGAUGGACCGAUAGCCGAAAGAAGGUGCAACGCUUGUGGACACAACCAAAUGUCGUACGCCGCGAUGCAACUGCGAUCGGCGGAUGAAGGACAAACGGUGUUUUACACUUGCGUUAAAUGCAAAUUUACGGAAGCAGAAAACUCUUGAAACCUUCAAAAUAUUUUACUCGUGCAAACAGCAUAUGUUUUGUUUUUUUAUAUAAAUUAUGAUUUUCUAAUUGAAAUAUUUAAUAAAUGUUCAUAUUAUUAAGUGUAUUGUAUUGAUACUUGCUACAUUACUGUAUUUAUAUGCCUUACUUAAAGUUUUAUGUUAGUUGGGUUUAAUGUGUCAAACCAGAUCGUAAACAAUUAUUCAAUUGACUAUAAGUAUAAUGUUUGUUAAUGUAACGAGUGGACAUUAGGGUUUUUAUUUUUCAUAAGAGUGCAUGCGCAUAAGCGAAGACGUACAGUUGUAAAAUGCAUUACCAUUCUUGU